UGAUGAUGUUCGGGGGAGUUAACGGUGGUGAAGAGAUAAGAAAGCAAAACAGAACAAAGAAACACAUUUUGUGUACUGAGUUUUCAAAACAACAAUGGCUUCAUCAUCAACGCUAUCUUCUCUCUCCUCAACCUCUUCUCUUCUUCCAUUGCAACGCACUUUCACCCCUAACUUGAAGACUUGUUCUCAAUUUUCCAACAAAAAUUUGAGUUUUACAAUUUUCGCUCAGAAGAAGACAAAGAAAACUCGAAAGAUAAUUCUGAAGGAAGAUAUUGUUGAUGUUGGAAAGAAAGGGGAACUUCUUGAUGUGAGGGUUGGGUAUUUCAGAAAUUUCCUUUUUCCAAGUGGCAAGGCUCAACUUGUAACUCCUGAUAUACUCAAGGAAAUGAAGAUAGAGGAAGAAAGAAUCGAGGCUGAGAAAAGACGGGUAAAAGAAGAGGCACAGCAACUUGCUUUAAUUUUUGAAACUGUUGGGGCUUUCAAGGUGAAGCGUAAAGGCGGUAAAGGAAAACAAAUCUUUGGAAGUGUGACGCCUCAAGAUCUUGUUGACAUAAUCAAGGCACAACUUCAAAGGGAGGUGGACAAGAGAAUUGUUAAUCUUCCUGAAAUCCGGGAAACAGGAGAAUAUAUUGCAGAGUUAAAGCUUCACCCAGAUGUUACAGCUAAAGUGAAAGUGAAUGUUCUUGCUAACUAAUUAGUAUUAAUAUGUUCCAAAGUCCCAUUAGCUAAAUGUACAAUUGGGAAUCAACAACUUGCAUAAGUUGAUAAAUUCAAGGUGCAUAUCCAUCUUAUGAAUUAUGUUGAUAAAUGUUCAUACUUCAUUCAAGCUUUGCGCAGUAGCCAUGUGACUUUGCCACAAGGUGCGUACGAGGAGGGACUCGAGAUGGAGACUUUACCUGAUGUGGACAUUGUUGCUUAUUUUUUAACAUUUUGUUUGGUUUUUUGGUAUCCCCAAUGUUUGUAAUGUUCUACUUUAUGGUGGUGAAAGAUAUUUUUUUUUUGGCAAUUCAUUUGACAUGAACAUGAUGAGCAUAAGAAAAUGAACCUAUAGUUUUUUCUAGUA